CGGCUGGCGGGCGGAUUGCAAUAGCAGCAUCCUCAAGAAGAGAUACCAUUGGCAGCAGCGGCGGCGGCGGCAGCAGCAGCUAGCUGCCUUCUCGGUCGCUGGAGUCGGUGGAAUUUUCAGCAAGAUGUUCAAGGUAGCAGCCUUCGCCUGCGUGUGGGCAGCCGCUUGGUGCAAUCCAGCCGUGGCGGCGGCGGGGUCGAUAGCUGCAGCGACGGCGACGGGUGCCGGAGGCAGGUCAGACAGCGGGAAUUUCCUGGAUGAUAAGCAAUGGCUUACGACCAUCUCCCAAUACGACAAGGAGGUCGGACAGUGGAACAAAUUCCGAGACGAUGAUUAUUUUCGUACAUGGAGUCCGCUUACAUCCUUUGAUCAAGCUUUAGACCCAGCUAAAGAUCCAUGCUUAAAGAUGAAAUGUACUCGUCAUAAGGUAUGCAUUGCACAAGAUCAACAAACAGCUGUUUGCAUUAGCCACCGGAGACUGACACACAGGAUGAAAGAAGCUGGUUUAAGCCAUAAACAAUGGAGAGUUGGUUCUCUUUCAUCAAAAUGCAAACAGUGUCCUGUAAUUUAUACCAAUCCAGUUUGUGGAUCAGAUGGUCACACAUAUUCUUCUCAGUGCAAACUAGACUAUCAAGCCUGUGCCUCAGGAAAACAUAUCUCAGCUAAGUGUGAAGGACGUUGUCCUUGCCUUUCAGAAAAGUCCACAAGUGCAGGCAGAAGUGAUAAGAGAGCGUGUGGUGACUUGGAGUUCAGAGAAGUUGCAAGUAGAUUGCGAGACUGGUUCAAGGCACUUCAUGAAAGUGGAAUUCAGAAGAGAGCUAGGCUUUUGCAAAGGCCUGAAAGAAGCAGAUUUGAUACCAGCAUUUUACCAAUUUGCAAGGACUCUCUAGGCUGGAUGUUUAACAGACUUGAUACAAACUAUGACCUACUUUUGGACCAAUCAGAACUUGGAAGCAUAUAUCUUGACAAGAAUGAGCAGUGCACCAAGGCAUUCUUCAAUUCUUGUGACACUUACAAGGACAGUUUAAUAUCAAACAAUGAAUGGUGUUACUGUUUCCAAAGGCAGCAAGAUCCACCUUGCCAGUCAUUACUCAGCAACAUUUACAAACAGCAAGGGGGAAAGAAAUUUCUAGGGCAGUAUAUUCCUUUAUGUGAUGAAGAUGGCUACUAUAAACCAACUCAGUGUCAUGGAACUGCAGGUCAGUGCUGGUGUGUCGACAGAUAUGGCAAUGAGGUAACAGGAUCCCGAACACAUGGAGCUGCAGAUUGUGAUUUAGAGACAUCGGGGGAUUUUGCGAGUGGUGAUUUCCAUGAAUGGACAGAUGAUGAGGAUGAGGAUAUCAUGAAUGAUGAAGAUGAAAUAGAAGAUGAUGAUGAUGAAGAUGAGGGUGAUGAUGAUGAUGAUGACCAUGAGGGAUACAUUUGAUUUUCUUAGCUGUGACUAAUUUGUCUCUAAAAUUUACAAGAUGCUAUCCCAGAAAUUCUUCUACCUUCAGAGGUCAAAUGGAAUCAAAUCUACAUGUAUAUUUUGUAUGAUUAUUUGAAACACUGCAGCUGGACAUUUUUCGUUUAAAUGAAAAUCAUUAUAUUAUGUGUUGUUUUUAUAUACCACUCAGCAGAAGAAAUGCACUGGAGUGUAGCCUCCAAGGUGGGAAAAAUAGAUACUUGAGAUGUGUGAGGUAGUGAAAAACAAGCAAACCCCAAGAUAACUUUAAGAACAAUCGCUGUUUCAAAAUCUAAAGGCACACUUCCAGCAAACCAGUGCUCCAUUAUAAAGCAGUUUUCUCGUGAUGUAGAUCACAGGGACAUUUUUCAGAAUGUGCAUGAGCAAGAGAAGGAAACUUGAACAUGUCAUCAGCUUACUGUAUAUUAGAGCAGCAGAGAAAUCUAUAAGAGGACACGAAGUGCCAGGUACUCUUUUUCUGUUUUGAACUGUUAUGUUUUCAAUUUUCAAAUUACUAGGACCUUGAAAUGAUGUCAGUGAUGCCUAACCUUUUUUUGCUUGGGUGCCAAAAGCGCAAGCGCGAUAGUGCGCACCCGUGUCCCCACACCCAUAAUGCAAUGCCCCUGUGCAGGCACGCACAAUCCCCCCCCCCGUGCUGCCCUUUCCCCCUGUGCAGGUGCAUGCAACCCCCCCCCCCGCACCCCGUUUUGGGCCUAGCAGACCUCCCUGAAGCCUCUGGAGGCUGGAAAUGGCCUGUUUAUGGACUUCCAGUAGGCCCAUUUUUCGCCCUCCACAGGCUCCGGAGGCUUUCCUGGAGCCUCUAGGAGGGCAAAAAUGGCCUUCCCGGCCCUCCGGAGGCUGGAAACGGCCCAUUUCCGGACUUCUAGUAGGCCCGUUUUUUGCCCUCCCAGAGCCUCUGCGCGAGCCCUGUACUUACCUGACAUCCAAAACAGGCCACAUGGAGACUCCUGGCAGGGGCAGGGCAGCAUGGGCAUGUGCGUGCGUCUCCCGCAUGCGCGGCAGAGACCCAAAAAUCAGCUGGCCGUGAGGUGAAGCUGAUCUAGGGUGACGGCUCGCGUGCCCGCAGAAAUGACUCCACGUGCCACCUGUGGCACGGGUGCCAUAGGUUUGCCAUCACGGUGAUAUGUGUUCAUUCUCUAAAGUGGGGUGGAGCACUCUGGCCCCUUUAUGACUUGUGGAUUUCAAGUCCCAGAAUUCCUGAGCCAGCAUGGUUGGCUCAGCAAUUCUGGGAGUUGAAAUCCAUAAGUUAUAAAAAGGAGAUAGCUGCCAACCCCUAGCUUGACUCCUAGUAACUAUAUGGACGGGCCCAUGUUGUUUAGGGAAAACAAAAUGGAAAUGUCUGCCAUAGAUCUCCAGGAACUUUUUGAUUUCCCAAUCUAAUAUACUGCCAUAGUAUUCUCACUUUCAAAAAUUAACCAAGGCUAAUCUGUUUAGCCUUUCUGAAAUCAACUAGAAAUAAAUUCAGUCAAUCCCAAAAAACAUAGACAGAGGGGUUUUAUUUUGUUCCUUUCUCCUGUCCUGAGUAAAACUUUCCAUAAAGUUUGUGUUUCUGUGUUACUGUAACUGAUAACGAUGACACAUGUCUGGAUAAUUGUUUUUUGAACUAUGGCUUUUUUCAUUUUUAAAUGAAAAACAUUUCUCUUCUAAUUUAUCCCUUUUUGCUGUUAGUUCAAAACUUUAGAGGAGCUAUUGUAAGGUGCCUUGCAAAAUAGUAAUAGAAAGAUUUAUAGCAUGCAUACUGAAAUAAAUUUAUGAGGCAGUAGCCAAGCAUUUCCAAAUUCCAAAUUUUAUAUCACUAUAAGUGCUGCUGCUGUUAUGGAGAAUAUUUUUUUUCUCCUCUGCCCCAAUUUUUACAUAAUUGCCAUACAGAAUGCAUUAUAAUUCUUAAAUAGAGUUGCAUUCACAAUUUGACUAUAGACAAAAUUAUUUUAAUCACUAUUUAUGUUAGCAUGUUAAUUGUGUAACAUUUUGAGAUUCCACUACCUUCAUUCAUAUCAAAUUAUGGCUUCAUGCCUUAAUGAAAUUGACAAAACUCUGUGUAAUUAUGCAAGCAGUUGUUUAAUUUCAACUCUGCAUUAUCAUUUUCCCUAAUUUUUAAUCUGCAAUUAAUUGAAAUAAAGUUUCUUUGCAUUUGAUUAAAUAGAUUUAAUAUUAAAUUUAAUGAUUAUCUUAUGUAACAUUAAAAUAGUUUUUCUUUUUAUGUUCAUGUAUAGUUUACAAAAUAAAGACUCUUGUAACCAUCUUU